GGGGCCCUGCCCGGAGUCUAUAAAUAAAGCUGAACAGGGACAAAGAGCUUCGGUUUCUCUUUGGGGAGGGUUCCUUCAGUACAAACAGGCAAAUCAGGAGCUGGAACGUCUGGGGUUAGGGACUCUCCGGGGUCAGGACCCCCAGAGCAGCUGGCCUCCCCCACACUGGACCCUCCUCUGCAAUAAGCCCGCCCCUCUCUCCUGCGGGAGCCGCAUCAGCCAUGGCUGUCCUCUGGCUCACGAUGUUCCUGGUGCCCAUCUCCUGUCAGCUGCAAAUCGAAGAUCCAAACAGACCAAUCAAGAACUUAAGGAUGGAACCAAAAAGCAGAAGAUUAACUUGGGACCUCAAUGGGAAUGUCACCAAAAUUGAGUGUAUCAAAGACUCACAUCAAUUGAAGGAGGCAACAAACAACCAGUAUUGCCACUAUGGUGUACUUUCCACAUGCAAUGUGACAAACUACACUGUCAGCAUCACUAACCCGCCCUUCUCAGCGUGGAUUCUGUUCCCUAAGCAAGAUGGGAAGCCCGAGGCAGCCGCCCAAAACCUGACCUGUUGGGUUCAUGAUGUGGACUUCCUGACCUGCAGUUGGGCGGUGGGCAGGGCAGCCCCCAGCGACGUCCAGUACCACCUCUACUUGAAGAAUACAUCGACCCAGAAAGAGCACCCGUGUCCACACUACAAAAAGGAUGACCAAGGAACACAUAUUGGGUGUCAUUUUGAUGACAUCUCUAGAAUAUCCAAAUAUCCCCACCAAUUCCUAAUUCUGGUUAAUGGAACCAGCAAAAGCUCCAGCAUCCCCUGCAUGGACAUCUUUGAAGACUUAUCAUACAUUGAGAGAUUAAGUCCACCCAACGUCAGCGCACAGUGUAAUAAAACACAUUCUGUCAUGGAGUGGAAGAUGAGAAGCCAUUUCAGUCGCAAGUUCCUCUAUGAACUUCAAAUAGAAAAGAGCACCAGGCACGUCUUCACUGAACAGAUCCAAGACAAAAAUUCCUUUGAGCUACACAAUCCUGGAACCUACACAGUGAAAAUAAGAGUCCAGGAAUACUUUAUCAGGCUCCCGAGCAAAUGGAGCGCUCCCCAACGCUUUGUGUGUGAUCACGAAGAGGACACGCACACGCGAGGCUGGCGGACGUCUCUGCUCACCGCGCUGGGAACGCUGCUGGCUCUGCUCUGCGCCGCUUUCCUCUGCAAACGGUAUUCCGUGAUGCAGAAAAUCUUCCCUCCCAUCCCUCGGUUGAAAGACCCCAUCAGUGACAACUUUCAGAAUGACAAGCUGAUGGUCUGGGUGGCUGGCAGAGCGGACCGAGAGGACUGUCCAGUGGCUGAGGUGCUGGUUGUGGAGGAAACGUGAAGCCCAAGCUCAGGGCUGCUCGCGCUGCCUGGUCCUCCGGGACCUCUUGGCCGGGCACCUGCAUGCCCUAGUUGCUGCUGACCAAUGUUUAUAAAGCGAGAUGGGGGUGGGAGACCCCAGUGCAGCUGAACCAGGAGCUGCCCCUAAGAAAGAAAAAAGCCUCUGUGCUGUGUUCAUUUCUUUAGUAAAGUGCUUUAUCACCCACUCACUGGGCCCCAGUGGGAUCCAGUCCUGUCACUCCAAGGCCUCUGGGACCGGGUUUCCAGCCUCCUAAAUUUGGCUCUGCCCAAAGACUUCCUGCUAACAUCAACUGGAUU